AUGAUCCGUUAUACCUACGGGGCCGCCAGGACGCCGCCUCAGGCCGGGAGUGGCCCAGGACGCCGGGGUCGUGGCGCACGGAGCGACCCGGCGUUCACUUAUACCAAAAAUGUCCAGAGAGGCGGAGGCCACGCAGUGCUCAGAGGAGAGGCCCCUGCCUGCCACUGUCGCCGCACUCUUGCACUCCGCCGCGGCCCGCGGGCCCAGCAGACCCCUCCCGACCUCCGCGGUGGAAACGCCAGCGCCCAGGGGUUUUGUGAAAAAGGGACCCCAGCUUGGCGCGGAACAGUCGGCCCCGGCGCGGGACAUCUGCCGCCCCGCGUCGCCAGGAGGGGAUUGGGGCCCACUGCUUUGGGAAGGACACCGAGUCCCCGCGAACGGCCUGGGGCUGCCCCGAUGGGGGUGGGGAGGGAGCGGCUGUCCCUCACCUUUCCGUCUUCAGGCACUCAUCUCUCUCCCUUCCUUUCUCCUCCCUCGCUCGGCCUGUGGCUGCAGGGCUCACAGUAUGAACUCAAGGACAACCCCGGGGUGCACCCCGCCACCUUCGCAGCCCACACCGCGCCGGCGUAUUACCCCUACGGCCAGUUCCAGUACGGGGACCCCGGGCGGCCCAAGAACGCCACGCGCGAGAGCACGAGCACGCUCAAGGCCUGGCUCAAUGAGCACCGCAAGAACCCCUACCCCACCAAGGGCGAGAAGAUCAUGCUGGCCAUCAUCACCAAGAUGACCCUCACGCAGGUCUCCACCUGGUUCGCCAACGCGCGCCGGCGCCUCAAGAAGGAGAAUAAGGUGACGUGGGGCGCACGCAGCAAGGACCAGGAGGACGGCGCCCUCUUCGGCAGCGACACUGAGGGCGACCCCGAGAAGGCCGAGGACGACGAGGAGAUCGAUCUGGAGAGUAUCGACAUCGACAAGAUCGACGAGCACGACGGCGACCAGAGCAACGAGGACGACGAGGACAAGGCCGAGGCGCCGCGCGCGCCCGCCGCUCCCACCCCACUCACCCGGGACCAGGGCUCGCCACUGGCGGCCGCCGACGCGCUCAAGCCGCAGGACUCUCCCCUGGGCCUGGCCAAGGAGGCCGCAGAGCCUGGCAGCACGCGCCUGCUGAGCCCCGGCGCCGCGGCGGUCGGCCUUCAGGGCGCGCCUCACAGCAAGCCCAAGAUCUGGUCCUUGGCUGAGACGGCCACAAGCCCCGACGGCGUACCCAAGGCCUCGCCGCCGCCGCCUGCCGGCCACCCCGGCACGCACGCGCCCCCGGCGGGCGCGCCGCUGCAGCACCCCGCCUUGCUGCCCAGCCACGGACUGUACACCUGCCACAUCGGCAAGUUCUCCAACUGGACCAACGGCGCCUUCCUCGCGCAGGGCUCGCUGCUCAAUAUGCGCUCCUUUCUGGGCGUUGGCGCGCCCCACGCCGCUCCCCACGGCCCACACGUGCCCGCGCCGCCGNUCCCCACCACACCUGUCCCUGGUCCUAAUGCUUUGCUCUCCCCCUCCCUCGCAGAGAGAGACCUCGUUCCCAGGCCAGACUCACCCGCACAGCAAUUAAAGUCGCCCUUCCAACCGGUGCGCGAAAACUCGCUGGCCCCGCAGGAGGGAACGCCGCGGAUCCUAGCAGCCCUCCCGUCCGCCUGA